UUCGAACGACGCGCUGCGUGCGAUUAUCUCUGGGGAUCAUCCUCGUCGUCAUUUUAGAGAGGCUGCGAACAAUGACCUACUGAAAAAGGAUCUCGUCAAGGAUGUGGCCUGCUACUGCAGCCCUCUUCAUCUUGGUGAUUGCUACUUCGAUGUCGCAACUCACUCAGGAAUUAACAAACACCAAUCAAGAUGGCGAAGUAAUUUUGAGUAUCAGUGAUGAACAAAAAAUUCAGUACUUAAGUCAAAAUUUUGAAUCAGAUGCAUACAAAUAUGGUUACGAUGUCAAUCCACACGGUCAAUUCCAUCAUGAAACACGUGGCCCACAUGGGAUCACCUAUGGAUGUUAUGGCUACGUUGAUCCUUUUGGCCACCUGAAAGCAACGUUUUACAUCAGCGACGGAUGGGGUUAUCGCGUUGUUCAGCCAGGAAAGGAUGUGGAACUUUUCCUUCACAAGCAUGAACAUCAUGCUGGCGGAGACAAUCAUGAUCAUCACGAGCAUCACGGUGUAAUUACACCAUGGCGAGAUUUACAUUUUCCUGCGGUGUGUGCACAAUAUACAAAUACGAACGUUCCACCUGUCGGAAUAUCAAGUGGAGGAACAGCACCUAUCGGAAGCGGAUCAACGAUAGAAACAAUACCGACUCGACCUCCUUAUAAGCCUGAUUCAUCUGGACAUCCUAAUAGACCCACACCAGGAAGACCAGAAAAACCAGGAUUACCGUCAUAUCCUGGACAUCCAGGAACUCCUAGCUUUCCUGGCAUACCAGGCACACCCGGAUAUCCAGGAACGCCAGAAUACCCUGGGCAUCCAGGGACUCCUGGCACCCCUGGUACACCCGGAUUCCCAGGAACACCUCCGCAUCCUGGACAUCCAGGAACGCCAUCAUAUCCUGGAUAUCCAGGAACUCCUGGCUACCCUGGCAUUCCAGGCACACCAGGAUUUCCAGGAACGCCGGAAUAUCCCGGGCAUCCAGGAGCUCCUGGCAUCCCUGGUACACCAGGUACACCCGGAAUACCAGGAACACCAGGCAAACCCGGAACACCGUCACAUCCUGGGCAUCCAGGAACUCCUGGCUUUCCUAGCAUCCCUGGUACACCCGGAUUCCCAGGAACGCAUCCACAUCCUGGACAUCCAGGGAGCCCUGGCUUCCCUGGUACACCCGGAUUUCCAGGAACACCAAGCAAACCAGGAACGCCUCCACAUCCUGAACAUCCAGGAACGCCUUCACAUCCUGGGCAUCCAGGAACUCCUGGCUUCCCUGGCACCCCAGGCACACCCGGAUUUCCAGGAACGCCUCCACAUCCUGGACAUCCAGGAACGCCUUCACAUCCUGGGCAUCCAGGAACUCCUGGCUUCCCUGGCACACCAGGAUUUCCAGGAACGCCUCCACAUCCUGGGCAUCCAGGAACUCCUGGCUUCCCUGGCACGCCAGGCACACCCGGAUUCCCAGGAACACCAGGCAAACCAGGAACGCCUCCGCAUCCUGGAUAUCCAGGAGCUCCGGGCUUCCCUGGCAUUCCAGGCACACCGGGAUUUCCAGGAACGCCUCCACAUCCUGGGCAUCCAGGAACUCCUGGCUUCCCUGGCAUUCCAGGCACACCUGGAUAUCCAGGAACGCCUCCACGUCCUGUGCAUCCAGGAACUCCUGGCUUCCCUGGCACCCCAGGCACACCUGGAUUUCCAGGAACGCCUCCACAUCCCGGACAUCCAGGAACUCCUGGCUUCCCUGGCACGCCAGGCACACCCGGAUUCCCAGGAACACCAGGCAGACCAGGAACGCCGUCACAUCCCGGACAUCCAGGAACUCCUGGCUUCCCUGGACAUCCAGAAACUCCAUCAUAUCCCGGAUAUCCAGGUACGCCAUCAUAUCCUGGAUAUCCAGAGAAGCCGUUAUAUCCGGGACAUCCAGAAACUCCAUCAUAUCCGGGACAUCCAGAAAUUCCAUCAUAUCCUGGACAUCCAGGUACGCCAUCAUAUCCUGGACAUCCAGAGGAACCGUCCUAUCCGGGUCAUCCAGAAACGCCUGGUAUUCCAGGCAUACCUGGAAUUCCAGGAACACCGGGCAAACCAGGAACACCGCCAUAUCCUGGACAUCCAGGGUCUCCUGGCAUCCCUGGUACACCGGGCACGCCCGGACUUCCUGGAUCACCGUCAUAUCCUGGACAUCCUGGCAUACCAAGUACACCAGGAAGACCAGGAAAACCAGGAUCACCGUCUUACCCCGGACAUCCAGGAUCACCGUCUUACCCCGGACAUCCAGGAACACCGUCUUAUCCCGGUCAUCCAGGAACUCCAGGCAUCCCUGGUACACCGGGCAUACCCGGACUUCCAGGAUCACCGUCUUAUCCUGGAUAUCCAGGACAUCCUGGCAUACCAGGCACACCAGGAAGACCGGGCAAACCAGGAACGCCAUCAUAUCCAGGACAUCCAGGAAUUCCUGGUAUACCUGGCUUCCCUGGCAUACCUGGAUAUCCAGGAACACCUGGUAGUUCAGGAACGCCUUCAUAUCCUGGGCAUCCAGGGACUCCUAGUACUACUGGCACACCUGGAAAACCAGGCGUACCAGAAAUUUCAUUGUACCCUGGACGUCCAGAAAUUCAUGACAUCUCUAGCAUUACUAGUAUAACCACUGUACCAGAAAGACCAGGAACGCCGGGAACGUCUUCAUAUCCUGGACAACUAGACUUAUCUAUCAUAUUCGGAACACCAAGUAAACCAGGAAUAUCACAUUCUGAAUAUCCAGGAAGUCCUGGCAUUUCAGGCAUACAUGGUACACCAGGAAGACCGGAAACAUCGCAUUAUCCUGGACAUGCAGGGACUCCUGGUAUAUUAAAUCCUUCAGAAACAUCUGGAGUACCACAUCCAGGUUAUCUCGAUAUUCCUGGUCCUCCCGGAACAAUCAAUAUUCAAGAAAAACCAGAAAUAUCUGCAAUCACGCCGUCACAUCCUGGACAUCCAGGCACUCCUGGCAUCCCUGGUAUACCUGGUACACCCGAAACACCAGGCAAACCAGGAACGCCAUCAUACCCUGGACAUCCAGGAACCCCUGGCUUUCCUGGUAUCCCAGGCACACCCGGAUAUCCAGGAACGCCGGAAUAUCCUGGGCAUCCAGGAACUCCUGGCAUCCCUGGUACUCCAGGCAUACCCGGAACUCCAGGAAGACCAGGAAUAUCGUCGUAUCCGGGAUAUAUAGAAAUUCCUAGUAUCAUUGGUACGUCUGGUGCUCACGGUAUAUCAGGAGCAUUCGAUAUUCCAGGAAAACCAGGAAAGCCGUCAUAUCCAGGGUAUCCAGGAUAUCCAGAAUAUCCUGAGAAGCCAGGUAAACCGGAUGAUUUAUCACAUCCCGGAAUUACCAGUACACCAAAUAGACCAAGCUUUCCUUUCAAGCCGGGCAAACCAGGUUAUCCAGGUUACCCUACGUAUCCAGAAGGUCCAAUAGGACCUGAGGGUCCAAUUGGAAAUGAAGGUCCAAUUGGUGGUGUUGGCGGUAUAGGAGAUAUUGGUGGUGUUGGUGAUGAAGGAGGUGUGGGACCUGAUGGUCCUAAUGGGCCAUGGCCAACCGGUUCCCCAGGUCCCGACGGACCAUGGCCUGGUGAUCCAGAUUACGUACCCGGAGUAAAACCAACAAGAAAACCUUCGUAUAAAGAACCGAUAAAAAUUCAACAUCCUGCGACUCAUUCGUUUGAUACAAACAGAUAUAACUCUAUCUCGAAAUAUGAUUUCAAUAACAAAACUGAUUCUUCGUAUACAGGCUAUACCCUAAAGGAUAUCGAAUUAUCAAAGUUGUCGCAUCCAACGAAGGCUAACACAUCAUUAUACGUACAUCACAGACAAUAUAGACCUCAGUACGGAACCCAAUCCACGUCAUCAAUAGAUGGAAAAGAAGAAACCACCUACAAUGCAAAUAAAAUCAACUCACUGUCACAUAUAGGCUCAACUCCAUCGUCACUGAAAUACGAGAUCGAGGCUCAUCAAUACUCAGACACGUUGAAACUGAAUCCGCAAGUUUAUGAUGGCCCGAUACCUACAGCGCCGCAACAAAUAAAGAAACCACUCAAAAAUGACUUCAAGCAAUUUUCUGUGCAUGACCGCGAUCAGUAUCAAAAGUCACUAUACUAUCCGUCUUAUAAUUCGCAACAACAAUCUUCUAAAAGUUCAAAUCAAUUUAAUAAAGUAGAAGAAGAAGAAGGCGCAUUUGACGUGGACGGACAAUAUAACAAUUCUACCAAUGUGGAAAGCAAACCGAUUUCUAAUGUGUCCUUUCAGUCGGAUGGACCUACUCCUGCUCCGGAAAGACAGGUAAAUGCACGCCUUGAGCAGACAUUCCGGACGAAUCCCGUUCUCGACGCUAUCGGGGUUCAACCGCCCAGCUCCAUCAACGUCAAGCCCUUUUCGUUACCUAUAGGGCCAAAUCCACAAGCAUGUCCCUGUUACUUAGUCGAGCCGAAUAACAACACAAACGUAGCAACCAGCUCGGCUCUCACCUCUGUCAUUGGUCAGUUGGGAUUCAUUCCUGUUAUCUUCGUACCAUACUGUCCUGGAAACGAGAUGGACAGCAACAGGAUGAAAAUUAUAUUCCCGUCCGCCACUCCUGUUCCAUAUGCAUGCGACACAUGUGAUACACAAGACAGCAAAUUCGUUGUAAAAACGCUCGACAUAAACCAACUUGGCAAUAUCGAUUAUCUCAAAGAAGCAUUAAAUCAAACCAAUCUUGGUUUUUUGAAUGUUCCAGUUAAGACUGUCGAGCGAAGAAGAAGCAAAAGCAGAAAGGCGAAAUGAGGAGUGUAACACUAACUUAUUAAGCUUAAGUUGCGAUCAUUUUAAAAGGCCAAACUCAUUU